UCAUUGGAGUUUUAUUUAUUGAAAUAUCUUCUCAGGGCAGCAUGUCAUACGAUUGGCUCUGGGAGACAGCCAAUCGGAACACUGGGGGGCGUGGCUAUCAGUAAUUUGUAAUUUGCGCCAAACGGCAAUCCCUACGGAGCAACGAGGCGGAGAGGACCACGAGAGUUAAAUAGAGUAAGGGAGAAUCCUUGAAAUAAAGAGGAAUAUUGUCCUACUUCCUGUAAUGUACGGUAGACCUUGAGAAACUAAUGAAGAAGGAUGACGUCCCUGGCCAUAUUCUUUUGGGACAUGUGGGGCUGUUCCCACUAACUGUAGACAGCUUUCGGUCAUUGUAUGGCCCAAACAGAAUUUCAGAUGAGAUCAUGGAUGCCCUUUUCCACAUUAAGAGCAAGGGUGAUUUGGAUCUUCUUGCCAUAACGACCCAUAGCAUGUCAAAGAUCCUUGAUGGGUGCAAAAGGGCAAGGAGUACAUACUUCAUGAAGACUGACAAACUACAAAACUACAAAAGAGUUAUGGGUCCUUACCUAGAGGGAGAUCACUGGACCUUUGUUCAUUGCAACUUGGAAAGUAAAGAGAUUGUGUAUUGUAAUUCCUUUGGAGAGUCAAAGGAGAAAUGUGAAACCAUCAGAGACACCUGGGAACUGUUUGCAAAGAGGAGAGAUAUUCUUGGUCCAUGGACAGUCAAAACCUUACCACAUUCAACACAGCUGGAUUCCGUGUCAUGUGGAGUUUUCACCAUAAUGUUUGCAGAAUGUGUUCUUGAUGGUAAGGAGUUUCCCAACAUCUGUAUACUAAACAAACGUAAAGACCUGGCUUCUGAGCUGUGGGCAGGACUAGUUUGUAUGCAUUCCUUAGAUCACAAAAGAAAUUAUUGCAGUUGUGGUGAAAGAUUCCUGCCUAAAGAUGGGGUUAAAUGCAGUGCCUGCAGUGGGUAUUUUCAUGGCAAGUGCCUCAAAGCAAAAGGCCAGUGUGUCAUCUGUGCAGCUGGCUGUAGCAGCACUGAGCAGGUGAACACUGAUGUCUGUGAGACCAGUCAGAAGAGUGGGUAUUCGUGUGUGGAUGAAGACCAGAUCACCCUCAGGGUCUGUGACAUGGUCAGCUGUGAAACUGAGGAGCCACAUGAGGAGGAGCCACAUGAGGAGGAGCCACAUGAGGAGGAGCCACAUGAGGAGGAGCCACAUGAGGAGGAGCCACAUGAGGAGGAGCCACAUGAGGAGGAGCCACAUGAGGAGGAGCCACAUGAGGAGGAGCCACAUGAGGAGGAGAGAAAAGAUGGGUUCUAUGUAGAGAGCCUUCUCAAAGUUGCAAGCUCCAAGAAAGUUAAAAGGCACUUUGUAACAGUUGCAGAGCUACAGAGGAGAUGCUCAGCCCCAGAAAACUACUCUGCCAACCUCAUGGUCACAUACUUGAGGAAGGCAAAACAUAAGAAAAAGGAGUUAGAAGGGCAGUUGAGACAGGCAGGAGUGCAACCUUCUAAAUAUGCAGCAAACACUACUAUGUGCUCCCGGCUGGUGGAAGAUGAGUGCAAAAGUCUGGCAGAGGACCUUGGACAGCUCACAAAGCACAUCCCCUUUGAAAGCAUUGGGAAAAGACUGGCUGAGGGCAACAAAAACAUACCAUCUGCUAUUGUAAAAGUUGAAGAAUUGAGUGCUGAACUACAGGAAGUGGAGAAAGUCCUUAAUGAACACUUUGAGACCUAUAACAAGGUCACACACACGCUUGGGCCCAGUGUCAGCCAUGUGGUGUUCAGUUUGAUAAAACAGUGCCUAACUGCAAAAAUGACUGCUCUAGAAGAGAUGAACAGCUGCUGAUCAGCUUAGUUGUUUUUUUUUGUACAUAUGCACAUUGUUCAAAUUGCACAUUGUUUAAAAAAAAAAAAAAAAAAGUUUGUGUUAUCUGGCAGUUCUUGCUUAGCAAACUGAAGAGUCAAUUCUGUGAUUGGAUAGCUUUUAUGCCCAGUGGGUUGUAAUACAAACGUUUGUAGUACAAACGUUCUGGAUGCAAAUUUAUCUGUAGUAGGCCAGUGUAGCUGCUGGUUUCUGUUCAGUUCACUUCUUUUAAUUAGCUAGGGGGAGUACCACAAAUCAGGUUUUGUCCAGUUCCUUUCUAGGUCUCAGUACUUGCUAGAUUUUCAUUGGCAUUGCACUUGUCAUGUAAUUCUGUUUUUAUCUUUCUAGGUUUUUCUUUUAUAAUUUUUUUUAUCAUUUGCUCUGGCAGUAUCUCAACUGGAGUUUAUGGCCUAUUUGUACUUGACAUUCAUUUGUGCUAGUGACAGAACACUAAGCAUUUUUGUAUAAGUUGCUCUAAAUAAGAACAGCUGCUUAAUGCUGUAAAAUUUAAAAUUAUAAAUACUCUUGAAUAUCU